AUAUCCUAUAUGUGAGCUACUGGUCUCUUCUAGGACCUGUAUAAUAUUACUAGACCUAGACCAUCUCUCGUAUAAUUUCGCAGGAGACGAAACAUGGAUUCGCCUCAAUAUCAAGAGCUUGGACUUGUGUCGCAGGAACAACAACCCAUCGAUCACGAAACAGUGCGGGCGACUUGGAAAUUCCUGGCGGGCCUAUCGUCGAACUUGACGCUUGUGGGGUUCCUGGUCAUGCCUUUAGCUUUUGAAGACGCCAAGGAUGAUUCUCUCGGAGACAAGACCGGCACAGCUGUAGCAGCAUUGGCAUUGAUCGGAAACGCAUACCUUCUGUCGCUCAUCUUAUUUUGCGCCCAGUAUCGUAAGCGUACAUACUUGAUUCAUUCUGUCUUCCUGCCUUGUCUAUUGUCCAACCUCCUCGGACUGUUGAACGUCGUUCUCAAUAUUCUCUGUCGAAAGCUACUCCCGGUCGGUCGCUUGGAAACAGUGGGCAUGGUCCUUGCCUCUAUAUUCGCAGUCGUCUACGCGUUGUGCGCAUUAUGGGCCUAUGGAAACGACAUCGCCGACGAGAUUCGAGUCGACGAGGCCGACCGUACAAUAAUCCCUUUGACUGAAGAGGAGAUGCAACGACAACAGCUCCUCCGACUUCUUCAAGAAAAUCAAAGUAAAAAGAAAUCGAGCUCCAAGGUUAUGCAAAAGACUUUCAGGGUUAAAGUUCCAGAACACAUCAAUCCGGGCAAAGGAUGGGAUUCCUUCAUGCCUCCUCCUCGCGAGAGCAGCUAUUAUAGCUGAUUUGGUCAGCCUAGAUGCAUAACAAUGAAGCGAGAUGAUGGAGUAAUUUACUGCGAAAUAUCUCAGCCCUUCCUUGACUGGUCGUCGGAUUCAUUUUCAUCACUACCAAGCAUAUAUCGCGCUAGAAUCUCCAGUCUCCGGUU